AUGGACAUAACGCGCGAGGGUCCGGCGAUAGGCAUCGAUCUCGGGACAACAAACUCAUGUGUGGCCGUGGUGGAGGGUAACCAGGUGACGAUCAUACACAAUGAUCAGGGCAAAUUUACGACUCCUUCCUGCAUUGCCUUCACCGAGAGCGAACGCCUCUUUGGUGAAGCGGCCAAGAACCAGGCACCUAGGAACCCCACUAACACCAUCACUGAUGCCAAGCGCCUGAUCGGUAUGCGGUUCAGCGACCCCACAGUGCAGAGCGAUAUUAAGUUCUGGCCUUUCCGUGUGGUAGCUGGCCCCAAAGACCGGCCGAUGAUCACCGUCCAGUACCAGGGAAGGGAGAUGCACUACUUUGCCGAGGAGAUCUCGUCGAUGAUUCUAAUGAAGAUGCGGCAGAUUGCGGAGGAAUACCUUGGGUGCCCAGUGACGAACGCCGUCAUCACCGUCCCAGCCUACUUCAAUGACUCCCAACGCCAAGCAACAAAGGACGCAGGCGCCAUCGCUGGCCUGAACAUUUUACGCCUUACCAACGAGCCCACUGCUGCUGCCAUCGCCUAUGGUUUUGGUCAAAACGACUGCAGCAGGCGCAUGAAGACUGUUCUGGUCUUCGAUCUCGGUGGUGGCACCGUGGAUGUCUCUCUUCUUAUCAUUAAUAAGGGCCGCUUUGAGGUAAAAGCUACCGCUGGUGACACUCACCUUGGGGGGGAGGACUUUGACAACCGGAUGGUGGACUAUUUCGUAGAGGAGUUCAAGAUGAAGCACAGGCUGGACAUCAGCAGCAACUUUAGGGCGCUUAGGCGCCUGAGGACGGCCUGCGAGAGCGCCAAGUGCUCGCUCUCCACUGCCUUUGAAGCUCAGAUCCAUGUCGAUGUACUCUACGAGGGAAUCGACUUUCAUUCCAAGAUUAGUCGCGUGAAGUUUGAGGAGCUGAACAAGGACCUCUUCGAGAAGUGCAUCGAUCCUGUUGGUAUCUGCUUGAAAGAUGCAAAUGUGGACAAGGAAUCGAUUGAUGAUGUCGUUCUUGUAGGCGGUUCUUCAAGGAUACCCAAGGUGCAGAUGUUGCUGCAGGAUUUCUUCAAUGGCAAGGAGCUGUGCAAAAGGAUCCACCCAGACGAAGCCAUAGCCUAUGGUGCUGCCCUCGAGGCAGCCAAGUUGAACGGCAAUGCUUGUGAUCAGGUUUGGGAGAAGAUGCAGGAUCUGGUUCUUGUAGACGUCACUCCAUUAUCCCUUGGCGUCCAGGUCGAAGAUGGAGAGAUGUUCGUCAUCGUGCCGAGAAACACACCCAUCCCUACCAAGAAGGAGAAGGCGUUCACAACCUAUCACGAUAACCAGACGACCGUGUCCAUCAAGGUCUACGAGGGAGAAAGACCGGCAACUUUCGAUAAUAACCUGCUUGGGCAAUUUAAGUUAUCUGGCAUACGUCGUGCCCCUCGUGGCAUUCCCCGUAUCAUUGAGUGCUUCGAAAUCGAUGAAAAUGGCAUCUUAACGGUAUCUGCAGAGGACACGAGCACGCAGCACAAAGAAAAGAUCACCAUCACCAAUGACAAGGGACGGCUGUCGAAGAAAGAGAUCGACAAGAUGAUGCGAGAGGCAGAGAAGCAUAAGGCGGAGGACGACAAGUACCGGAGGAGAAUCAAGGCCAAGUAUCAGCUAGAGAACUACAUCUAUGAAAUGAAUAAUGCCAUGGUCCGUGUUAACUUUCCUCCUAAGGAUAGGACCAAGAUAGAAGAUGCAAUCAAGCGGGCCAUGCGGUGGCUGGAAAGAAACCAACAAGCUGAGCCAUCCGCGUUUGAAAGGAAAUUGAAGGAGCUUGAGACCUUAUGGAAUCCGUUGACAUUAGUUGGAUGA